AUGAAUUUGUCACUAACUGAUCCUUUCGUUCUCGCACAAGAUUAUCCGGAAUCAUCUACACACACCCUUCGCAGUGGUCAUGCUUCAUGCGUACGCUUCAACCGCAAAGGCGAUUUUCUUGCUGUAGGGCGCACUGAUGGCACCGUCGUAAUUUUUGACGUCGAGACCAAUGGCAUAGCGAGGAAGCUCAAAGGGCAUACGCGACAAGUGCAAUCAUUAAGUUGGUCGCGCGAUGGUAGAUUCCUACUCACAUCGAGCCAGGAUUGGACAUGCAGUAUUUGGGAUUUGAUGGAUGGGAGUAUUGUAAAGAGUGUACGGUUUGAGGCACCGGUAUAUUUGGCAGAAUUUCAUCCUUGGACACAUCUGAAGAUAUUGGUCUCAUUAUUUGAAGAUCCGCCAUUACUAGUAGAUCUCACGAACCAACAAGCGGUGAAAUACAUUCUGCCUUCCACAAUCAAGAAACGAACAGUGUAUGGGGAAGACGAAUCAAAACCGGUCGCACCACAAACUACAACAGUCGCGAUUUUUACCGCCUCGGGAGAUCAUAUACUUUCGGGCACUAACAAGGGAUGGCUGAACAUAAUAGAAGUGGCUACGAGGACAGCGAUCUACUCUACAAAGUUAUGCACCGGUGUGUUGCUUUAUAUGCGACUUACGACUUCUGGAAGAGACGUGGUUGUCAAUGCUCAGGAUAGAAUCAUCAGGACGAUACAAAUACCGAAUUUAUCAGCAGAGGAUUUGGAUCCUGAUACGAUAGAUAUUGAGGUCGAGCACAAAUUUCAAGACGUCGUUAACAGGCUGAGUUGGAAUCAUGUAGCAUUCAGUGCGACGGGCGAAUAUGUAACGGCUUCGACAUUCAACAAUCACGAUAUUUAUAUAUGGGAGAGAAACCACGGAAGUUUAGUAAAGAUUCUAGAGGGACCCAAGGAAGAACAUGGAGUGGUUGAAUGGCAUCCUCACAAGCCUAUGAUUGCGGCAUGUGGUUUAGAGUCGGGGAGAAUACAUAUUUGGUCGAUCGUUCCGCAGCAGAGAUGGUCGGCACUAGCACCGGAUUUUGCGGAAGUCGAGGAAAAUGUAGAGUAUAUUGAGAGAGAGGACGAAUUCGAUAUCCAUCCACAGGAAGAAAUUCACAAGAGAAGAUUAGAUGCUGAGGACGACGAUAUAGAUGUCCUAACGGAAGAACCAGUCAAGGGUGAUGUAGUUGAAGAUGAAGAGAACGCAUUCAGGAUGCCAGUACAACUCGAUUGUGACGACACCGAAAGCGAAGAAGAGUUUGUAGCUGUGGGAAGGGGUGAAAUGAGAAGGAAAAGUCCCUCGGAUGGUCGUAAUUACCAGCUUGACUCGGAAGCAAUUGGAAGUGCAGACGAACAACCUCGAAAGAAAAGAGGCAGAAGACGUUGA